AUGCAGAACGGGAUGGUCUCCGUCGAGCGGAUACUGAACAUGUGCGCGCUGCCAUCAGAACACCUCGACAAAGGUCACAUCCAGACCCCAUCCGGAUGGCCGUCGAAGGGUGGGAUCCGCUUCGACAACUUUUCCCUACGAUACGACGACUCGUUGGCCCUGCGCGAAAUCACUGCCAAUAUUGAUGGCAACCAGAAAGCCCUCUUCCGCAUGAACAAGGCUUCGACAGGCCGAAUCUUCAUCGACGGCGUCGACAUCAACUGCUUGCAGCUACGCGAUUUGCGCUCGCAUCUCGCCAUCAUUCCGCAGGAACCUGUCCUGUUCGUCGGUACUGUGCGGCGGAACCUCGACCCGUUCAACGAGUACUCCGACGAGGCAUUAUGGACGGCACUUGACCAAGUCGAGCUGAAGGUG